GGAGGGAGAAGGAGGGUGGGAUGGAUAACGAGGAGAAAGGGGCAAGAUGUUGCAUUGGGGAGUGCAGGGAAUGCAGUGGCCAAGGAAGAGGGGAUUAUGACGGAAAGGUGGGAUGAUGAGGGAAGCACGGAGAGGAGGAGAAGGGGAGGAGGAAGGAAGCUUCCCUGGCGAGCACAGAGAAGGAAGCCGCUGUUUGCUCUCUUUGCAGAAGUCGGACGCGGGCGGCGUCAACAACAAGAUGUACACGCGACAGGGGUACCUCUUUCUCAUGGAGAAGACGGCAUUCGGCACAAAGUUUUCCAAGCACUACUGCAUGUACCAGAAAGAGGGCAAGAUAUUCACCUUAAUUCCAUACCAUCAAGUACAAGGCAAAAUCACGAACACGGACACGCUAAAGGUUGCGAGCUGCGUGCGGCGGAUGUCAGAGUCAAUAGACAAACGCUUCUGCUUCGACAUUACAGCACAGGAUAGGCAAGGCGUCGUGUACACGCUACAAGCGCUGUCAGAUGAAGACCGCGUAGGCAGUGGAUGGACGUGAUGGAUGCAGGGAACCGAUCUACGCGGCUCCGGGCAGCGUCGUUGGGGCGAAGUUCCCGCGACACGAUAGCUCGACGAGAUCGGCUUCAGAACUUCGUCAAGGAAGUGCAUCGGCGACGAUCGAGAGCAAAGGCUCAACGACCAAGGCCUAUCGCGUCGCCGGAGGUCAGCAGCAAGGCCACUAAGCUUGCUACAGGG